GCGACUGCCAUGUUUAAGGGGGGAGGAAACGCUUUGGAGGGCAGAGUCUAGCUCACUUCAGGUCUUGAGCGACUUAUAUGACGAAUUCUCACUUCUGAGGGUCAGUCAAAUCGCAUUCUGUAUUAUACGUGAGACAAUUACGAACUUUCUAAAGCCAAACUAACCGUCUAAAAGGUUUCCUGCGUGUCUGAGCCCUGAAGUAAAUUUUCAAGCAGUGAACAGUUUUGAUUUCCGAACGGAAUCGUGCGCCCAGUGGAUACUAGGCUACUAUUACUUUCAAGAUUCUUAUUAUCUCGGGAUUAUUAUUACAGGAAUACAAUAAUACUGGACUGAUCUGUCAGAAAACACGUUCAGACAGAUUUACUAAGGAAUGCUAAUUCCCCGUUUCCAAAAUAUUUGAUGUGAUGCAGAUUGGAAAGCAUUUUAUCAGCUAAAAAGAAAGCAACAUCCUAACAAUAGGAAUGGAAGCAUUGCAUGCUGCUUACUCUUCUGUUGCUACACCCACUUUGUUUCCCAUGACCCCCUUGGCAGGGAAAAUGCUCCAGAGGUUCUACGACUACCGGAGCAAUGCUGUCAUCAGAGAACACUAUAACUACACUGGGAAACUCAAAGAGAACAAGUACAAGGAUGGCCUAAAGCCAGAGGCCAUCGUUUUCUUGCUGGUCUGCUUGCUGAUAGUGCUGGAGAAUGCUGUGGUGCUGUUGGCGAUCUGGAAGAAUAAAAAGUUCCACCUGCCCAUGUAUUACCUGCUGGGUAACCUAACACUGUCUGACCUAUUAGCUGGUUUCACCUACAUGGUUAACAUAGUGACUUCAGGGGCCAACACACUGAAGAUGACCCCUGUGCUGUGGUUUCUGAGGGAGGGGGGUGUCUACAUAACAUUGGCCGCUUCUGUCAUCAGCCUCCUGGCCAUUGCCAUCGAGCGCCACGUCACUAUGGUAAGGAUGAAGCCCUACCAGGGGGCCAAGCGAGGCCGGAUGUUCGCUCUGAUCGGGGCUAGCUGGGUUCUGUCAGUGUUCCUGGGGGUCCUGCCUGUCCUAGGCUGGAACUGUAUAGGCCACCUGGACCAGUGCUCCACUGUCCUGCCACUUUACGCCAAGAGCUACAUCCUGUUUUGCAUCACUGUUUUUACGCUUGUGCUGUUUGCCAUCGUGGUGCUUUAUGUGCGCAUCUUCCGCAUUGUCAAGUCCAACACCAAGCACAUGGGCUCUGUUCCUCAGCGCAAAAGCCUGGCUCGCAAAUCGCAGAAGUACAUUGCCCUGCUGAAGACUGUCACCAUUGUCCUGGGUGUCUUCAUUGCAUGCUGGCUGCCCCUCUUCAUCCUGCUCCUACUGGACUUCUGCUGCCCAGCGGGGAAAUGCCAGGUGCUCUUCAAGGCAGACUACUUCCUGGGAAUCGCCAUGUUCAACUCUCUGCUCAAUCCUAUUAUCUAUACCCUGACCAGUAAGGACAUGAGGAGGGCCAUUCUGAAGCUGCUGUGUCGACACUGCCUCCUGACCAAGGAUGGCCAGGUAAAGAAGAUAGGGUUGCUUUUCCUGGACUACAGCACCAGUAAGACUGAGGCAGUCUCCCAUAGGAUGGAGGGCUUGGAGAUCACAGUCUCUUCUGCCAACUUCACCCCUUCCCCUAUUAAAUCCAUCUACCCCCGGAUGUUAAAGACAUGACUCAUGCCCACUAUAACUCGGCUGUAAAAGUUGAGUCUGGUCUAAAUUACAGGACAAGGAAGGAUCUGAAGACCCCUUUGACUGGUCCUCUCUAUUCCAACUUACAGCUGUGAGACUACUACAUUUUUUGAUAUGGGUUGUGCAUUAUACUAUAAGCAGAGAUGAAGUAAUCUCUCACUUCAAUAGUAGAAAACGUCAGCAGAAUCCACCAUGGUGCUAGGAUUAGCCUUCCUCACCUUGUCCUGGAAAGAUAAGCUGGAGGUUUGUACUAAAAGACUGUUUGGCCUAUUGUAAGUCAAACCUCUGUCAGUGUUGGAGAAAGAACUUGGGGGGGCUGUUCUUUUACUGUAAAAGUAAUUGUCUCAUAUGCAAAGGUAAAUGUUUAAUAUGUUUGUCUUUCAUGUCAGAAUUGUCCAUAAUCCCCAGCCGUCUGAUGACCAUUAUUCAUCUUUUUCAUUAUUCACAAAUUAAGAAAUCAGGCGAGUCUACAAAUAAGUUCUGCUACAGCACAUCCUAAUCUGGUUUCUCUUGCAAAAACAGAUAAUCGAGGCAUAAUGACAUGUAGUUAAAAAAUUAAGCACCCACACCCAAAACGGCUACCUUACCAUGUAAUGUGUGCCAUCUGAUCUGGGACCAGCUGGAAUUCUGGGUUGAGGUCCCUUGACCAUCACUAGAGGCCAGGAGGUUUUAAGAUGCACUGUGAACAGCACAUUGAUGCCUCUUCAGUUUCAUCUGUCUUUGGGGGUUCCUAAAUCACAUGUAGCAGCAGAGGAGUAGCAUCAAAAUGGUGAGCAUAAAAACAUCAAUGGUGAGCAUUAAAACCAAGUAGGCUUGUUGACUCUAGUUAUAUGUGGACUGAAGUAUGGAAAUACAUGUGACAUAAGUGUCUUCAGACCUAUACAUGCUGGUGAAUAUCUAACUCUUAUACAAUGUAGCAUUGUUUAUCUUCUGUAAACUGUCCCAUGAGAGAAAAUAAUACAUGUUGAUGUAUUCUUUUUGAUCCAUUUCAGUUAAUAUGGGAAAAUAAUUUAUUUUUUAUAUGCAUUUUGAAAUGCAUUCAAAUGUCUGACAUAAAUCUGAAAAUGUAAUGGAAACUCAACACAUUUGUUUGGAAACAUGUAGGCAUUUUUUUAGGCAUAUUUUAGGUUUUCACAUAAAUAUAUUUUUGGGUAUGAAGUGACUGAUUUUAUCUUGUGCCAUUAGAAAUGUGUCAAAUACAAACCACAAUUAUGUUUUCAUGUAUAAAGUUAUUUUGGGACUGCAGUGAUGUUCAAGAAGCAAUUCAUAUGUGUUUUGACAUUGUAUAUACAUUUCAAAAUGAAUAUUUAUAUUUCUGUCAAACUAUGCUAUACAGCAUAUAUGUAAAUAAAAUCAACUCUAGUUUUUA